GAUCGAUCGAUCGAUGGAUCGAUCAACUGGUCGUCUUUCGUUUCUCUCCAUAUAUUCGACUCUCCGGAUUCCCUGGUGGUACUACUACUACCACUACUACUACUACUACCACCACCAACGCUACUACUGGCAAAAGACUAAUUGUAAGAAACGAUCGCGAAUGAGGUGCGUGUGCGAUCCAGUGACCUACUUUAUUCUAUUCUACAACAUUACACAUACUCACACACACACAGAAAACUUUUCCAGAAAAACUAGAAAUUAAUUACAUCGCGAUCUCGUUCUCGUUCAAUAAGAAAUGAAGGAUUUUGAUCUGUUUUAUUAGGUAAAUGUGGAAAACUACGGAAGAGGAAAAUAAAUGUACGAGAUAUGAAAGAUCAUACCGUACGAACAACGUAAUUGACUCGAAAACAUCGACUACGAAUUUGGAGAACGAUCGAUAAAUCCCUCAAAUUCAUCUUUGAAUUAAAAAUAAGAAGAAUCAGAAGACUUAAUUGAACAUUUUGUUCUUUACACGAUUUAAUAUAGAAGAGGAAAACAAAAAAGAAAUUAGUACAUUAUUUUCGCGUGAUUGAAUCCGUGAACAUUUAUAUAAAUAAUUAAUUGAUCAUUAAUUACGGAAGAAAUUGAGCGUCAAAAUGGAAAAGACUCGAGCGAACUACCACCAUCAUCGGAUGAUUGUGAUCAAGGCUGCUCUUCUAUUCCUGAUAAUAGGCGAGACUAAUUCACAAGUAAAUUUUGUUGACGAACGUAAGUUUGAUCGACCAUUAUUUCCCAGCUGGUACAAUAAAUCGGCACUAAAUGAUCGUAGACCAAAUGAUUUUGACGACCGUAUAUACUUCGUUGAAGAAAAUAUCAUACUACCAACAUGCCAGAAUGAAAUCUUUUGCGAAGAUGUUCCCAAUUAUCCUGAAGAAUUUGUAAAGGCUAAAUUACGAACAACCAAGGGUUUAUUUGGUGUCGUAGAUAUAUUAACAAAUAAAACAGAUGACUUUGCGGUCAGAACGGACGUGGAUGAAGUAGUGCUAUGCGUAAGUAAUGAAAAGAUCAUUUUUCCUAAGACGGCAGAAUCUGUCAACGGGGAGUGGCUGUUUAUAGUACAGAAUGGAAAAGAAUUCGCGCAAGCUGUACGCAUCGAAGUUUGUAUGAGUGAUUCUCAGCCGUGUAGAUUUUUUAGCGAAGAAAAAAUGGCAGUUUGCGAACAAACCUAUAUUUAUCGUGAGCUUGUUGCAGUUAAGGAUAAUAAUUUAAAAUCGGACUAUUUUCGUUUUCCUGCGAAUUGUUGUUGCAAUAUUAAAAAAACUUAGAAAAUCACCAAAAUCGCGACUAUCUUUUAUGAUUUUUUUUUCACAAAUAUUAGAUUUGUGAAGAUUUACUUUCUCCUUUUGAAAUGUACUUUAUUUAACUAAGGCACAUAUUCGGAAUCCCUAAAAAACUAUAUAUUUAAACGAAAUCUAUGCUUGAUUUCCUCAGUAGGAUUUUAGAAAAUGUGAUACUUUCGCUGAAAUAUCCUGUAUAAACCAUGUAUAUCGAGACUCUUGGUAAAAGUAUGCAAUAUACUUACUCACGACAACACUCUUCUCGAAAAUCGACAGAAUUCUUCUCCUCCUUUUCAUUCGGUUUGUUUCCAUCGUUUUUGCAUCUUCUCCUUUUUUCCUUUUUUCGCCUCCAUCGACGUAAAUAAAGCUUUACUCAAGUUGAAA